AUUCACUUCUCCAAUCAUUUGAUCCCAGAAAGUCAUAAGCCACCUCGUGCGGAGUGGAGCAGAGCUCGGAUUCUGUUUGUACGCCUUGCCCAAGAAUCAUGGACCAAACCUGAGCUUCUAGAACCUUCUACCACCAGCUUUCCCUCUUCCCGCUCCAUGGAGACAUCGACAGUUACCUUCUCCUCGUCCUCCUCGCCUCCGCCGUCGCCGUCUCCGUCACCGUCGCGGCCGCAGGCCGCGCCGGCCGACCUCGACGCCGUCAGCCUCGGCCGCCUCAGCGGCAACCUCGAGCGCCUCCUCGACCCCUCCUUCUUCAACUGCACGGACGCCGACGUCGUCCUCGCGGCUGGGGGCGACGACGCCGUCGUCGGCGUCCACCGGUGCAUCCUCGCCGCCAGGAGCAACUUCUUCCUCGCUCACUUCUCCUCCCUCACCGCCGACCCCGCUGCCGGCGAGAAGCCGCGGCUGGUGCUCGCCGACCUUGUCCCAGGUGGGUGCCACAUCGGCCGCGACGCCAUCGGGCCCGUUCUUGGCUACCUCUACACUGGCCUCCUCAAGCCACCGCCGCAGGGCGCGGCCGUCUGCGUCGACGACCAGUGCUCGCACCAGGCGUGCCGCCCAGCCAUAGACUUCGUCGUCGAGUCCACCUACGCAGCGUCCGGCUUCAAGAUCCCCGAGCUCGUCUCGCUCUUCCAGCGUCGCCUGUCUGACUUUGUCAACAGAGCUCUGGUUGUGGUUGAGGAUAUAGUGCCGAUUGUUCUCGUUGCUUCCACCUGCCAGCUUACAGACCUGCUCAGCCAAUGUAUUCAACGGGUUGCGCACUCGAGUGUUGACAGCCGUUACCUCGAGAAGGAACUUCCAGAUGAAACCUUCGCCAAGGUCAUGGAGCUUCGUCAAUACUUGUCGCCUCGCGAAUCGGACGAGUUCAUUCUGGGUCCCGAGCAUGCCAAGAAGGUCAGGAAGAUUCACAAGGCCUUGGAUUGUGAUGAUGUUGACCUUGCUAAUCUGCUCCUGGAGGAGUCUGGAAUCACCUUGGAUGGUGCACUUGCCAUACACCAUGCUGCUGCCUAUUGUGAACCCAAAGUGUUAGCUCAGAUAUUGAAACUCAAGUCAGCCAGCGACUCCGCUAACGUGAAUCUGAAGAAUGGGAGUGGAUACACACCGCUGCAUAUGGCCUGCAUGAGGCGAGAACCCCAGAUCAUCCUCUCACUUACAGAGAAGGGAGCAUCCGUGCAGGAGAGGACCCGAGAUGGCCGUGACGCUCUUACCAUCUGCAAGAGAUUAACAAGAGAGAAAGACUGCAACAGCAAGCUGGAGAAGGGUAAGGAGAGAAGCAAGGCUUACCUGUGCAUCGACAUCUUGGAGCAAGAGAUCAAGAGGACAUCCUUUGUCUUGGAGAGGCAACUCUCUGACGAGGUUUCAGUUGCCAUGCCUUUGCUGGCAGAUAAUUUUCACACCAGGCUCCUAACCUUGGAAAAUAGAGUUGCCUUUGCCAGAAUAUUCUUCCCUUCCGAAGCAAAGCUUGUCAUGCGCAUAGCUCAAGCUGACUCAACUCAAGAGUUUGCUGGUCUCAGCUCAGCUAACUUCUGUAAAUUGAAGGACGUUAACCUUAAUGAGACUCCCAUAAUGCAGAGCAACAGGCUGCGUGAACGUCUUGACGCCUUGAUGAAGACAGUUGAGCUAGGGCGGAAGUACUUCCCGCAUUGUUCAGAUGUUCUUGAUAAGUUCCUCAUCGAAGAAUCCACCGAUUUGUUCUUCCUUGAGAGUGGCAGUGCUGAGGACCAGCACACCAGGAGGAUGCGCUUUUCUGAACUUAAAGACGAGGUGAACAAGGCCUUCAACAAAGAUAAGGCGGCCAUAGGUUCUUCAUCAACAUCCUCAUCCUCUUCACCAAGGGCUGAUGGAAAGGUUAGACAUGGCAACAAGAAAGCGAGGCUAUCACGGUAGCAUCAGUAGGUUAAGCCCAUCCUGUUGGGCACACACGAUUUCAGAAAGGUGGGGAAGGUCUUGAUGUUGCUGGCCAUUUUUAGUUCAGGGAACCCAUGUAGCCCAGCAAGCAUCUCAGUUAUGUUUGCUUACUUCGGGUGCAUUUCUUGUAGUUAUUGUGCUUUAAUAUAUGACACGCUGCAGUAGAUAAUUUUGAAUCUCCGGUAGCCAGUUU